CCGACUGCUGCCCCCUGGAUUUCGCUCCCGCGCGUGGGCGUUUGAAGGGAAACCAGAAGCUGGUGAAAGCACAUAAAGCGGUCACUGCGGAGAAAAUAACAUUUUGAGAAAUUUUCUAGUCACAGUCGAUAAAGGAGAAACCAACAGAGGAGUGCAUCCUCUUGUGUAUCUCAUUGUCCUGCUUUUCAUAAUUCAGCUUAGUAAUGAAGCCACCAUUAUGUCUUCAGUCAGUGAAGUAAAUGUGGAUAUUAAAGAUUUCCUAAUGAGCAUUAACUUGGAGCAGUAUCUCUCACGCUUCCGUGAGUCUGGUUUUACUACUGUGCGGGACUGUGCAGCGAUAAAUGAUAGUGUGCUACACAAAAUUGGAAUAUCACCUACAGGACACCGCCGGAGGAUACUUAAACAGUUACAAAUAAUCUUGUCAAAAAUGCAGGACAUGUCAAUAUAUGCAAAUGUUCAUAAAGCAAAGAAGAAUGAUGACACUUCAAAGGAUCACCAUGCUACAUCUCCAGGUCAGGAUACCUGCGGAGCACUUUCAGAUUCUGCUAGUGUUCUGACAACCAGCCCACCACAGUUGGAGACUGUUACAAAAAGUUUUGAUGAAAUUGAUGUUGGUGUGGAAAAUAGCCAACCUCUGCAAUCAGAUGAUAAAUUGUCUCUUUCUAAACAUGACCUUCCUGCUUCAGAAGAACCACACCCAAAUAUGGAACCUUUUCAUGAUUCUUUUUUUGGUAGUGAAAAUAUUAAAAUAGAAUCUUUGGUUACAAAGAAGACUAUGGAUUGCACGAUCGAAGAACAACAAACAGAAAAAGUUAAUUUUAUCUCAGAAAAUCUCAGCAAGCUUCCUAAGGCAGACCCUGAAUGCAUUUCUUCAGUUGGCUGUUCAACAUCAGAAGAAAAUUCUGGAAAUGGACCUAAUGGUGUAUUAGAAAAAUCACCACCGUCCCCGUUCUUUCAAUUUCAAGGAGAAAUGGUUGUAAAUGAUUUGUAUGUUCCAUCAUCGCCAGUCCUAUCACCUAUGAGAAGUCGUAGCAAGUUGGUUUCAAGACCAUCUCGAUCUUUUCUGCUAAGACAUCGGCCUGUACCAGAGAUCCCAGGGUCGACAAAAGGAAUUUCAGGGAGCUGUUUCCGUGAGAGAAGAAACGUUGCUACCUCAACUGGAAAAUCUGUGACAUGGCAAAGAAUUACUAUCGUUAAUGGCACCAUGACAAUUUCUGUUAAAAGGUCUAUAAAGAAUGAAUUUUGGACAAAUGAAGAAACACUCAAAGGGGAAUCACCUACUGCAGGGAACUCUUUUAUCAUCAAAUCAAGCAUAUAUGAUAACAGGAAGGAGAAAAUAAGUGAAGACAAAGUGGAAGAUAUUUGGAUACCUCGAGAGGACAAAAACAAUUUCCUGAUAGACUCUGCUUCCGAAUCAGAAUACUCAACAGUAGAAGAAUGCUUUCAGAGUUUAAGAAGAAAAAAUUCAAAGGCGUCUAAAUCUAGGACUCAAAAAGUGUUGAAUUUGGACCCUGUUAAUAGGCACAGUUAUCCGUUAAGCUCAACAAGUGGAAAUGCUGAUUCAUCAGCCGUUUCCUCAAACUCAAUAUCUCCGUAUGCCUGUUUCUAUGGAUCAUCUGCAAGGAAGGUUAAAUCGGGGUGGCUAGACAAACUCUCUCCUCAAGGAAAACGCAUGUUUCAGAAGAGAUGGGUGAAAUUUGAUGGCCUUAGCAUUUCUUACUACAAUAAUGAGAAGGAAAUGUAUUCAAAAGGAAUAAUUCCACUUUCUGCUAUAUCAACAGUACGAGUCCAAGGAGACAACAAAUUUGAAGUUGUUACAACACAAAGAACUUUUGUUUUUAGAGUAGAAAAAGAAGAGGAAAGAAAUGACUGGAUCAGCAUACUCUUAAACGCACUGAAAUCAGAGUCGCUAUCUUUGCAGUCUCAAGCGGUUGUUACACCUGAGAAAUGUGGAUAUCUUGAAUUGAGAGGAUAUAAAGCCAAAAUUUUUACUGUGUUAAGUGGAAAUAGUGUGUGGCUUUGCAAAAAUGAACAGGAUUUUAAGAGUGGACUUGGUAUUACCAUAAUUCCUAUGAAUGUAGCAAAUGUAAAGCAAGUGGACCGAACUGUGAAACAAUCUUUUGAAAUAAUCACUCCCUAUAGGAGUUUCAGCUUUACGGCAGAGUCUGAAAAAGAGAAACAAGACUGGAUUGAAGCUGUGCAGCAGUCGAUAGCAGAAACUCUCUCUGAUUAUGAAGUAGCUGAGAAGAUUUGGUUCAAUGAGUCCAACAGGAGCUGUGCAGAUUGCAAAGCCCCAGAUCCAGACUGGGCAUCCAUCAAUCUCUGUGUUGUCAUCUGCAAGAAGUGUGCAGGACAACACAGAUCUUUGGGACCAAAAGAUUCCAAGGUUAGAAGUCUAAAAAUGGACGCCAGCAUUUGGAGUAAUGAACUCAUAGAGCUUUUUAUUGUGAUUGGAAACAAGAGAGCAAAUGACUUUUGGGCUGGUAAUCUCCAAAAGGAUGAAGAAUUACACAUGGACUCACCAGUAGAACAGAGAAAAAACUUUAUUACUCAGAAAUAUAAAGAAGGAAAAUUCAGAAAGACCCUUUUGGCAUCUCUCACCAAAGAAGAAUUAAAUAAGGCUCUGUGUGCUGCUGUAGUGAAACCAGAUGUUCUGGAAACAAUGGCUUUGCUGUUCAGCGGAGCGGACGUCAUGUGCGCGACCGGAGACCCCGUGCACAGCACGCCCUACCUACUGGCCAAGAGGGCCGGCCAGAGCCUGCAGAUGGAAUUCCUCUAUCACAACAAAUUCUCAGAUUUCCCUCAGCAUGACAUUCAUUCUGAGGGUGGGUUAAAUCAAGAGUCUUCGCAGUCCACGUUUCUCUGUGACUUUUUGUACCAAGCUCCUGCUGCUGCUUCCAAACUCUCUUCAGAGAAAAAACUGCUUGAAGAGACAAAUAAAAAGUGGUGUGUUCUGGAAGGAGGCUUCUUGAGUUACUAUGAAAAUGACAAGUCUACCACACCUUAUGGCACCAUAAAUAUCAAUGAAGUUAUCUGCCUGGCUAUACAGAAAGAGGACUUCUAUUUAAAUACCGGGCCCGUCUUUAUCUUUGAGAUCUACUUACCCUCAGAACGUGUGUUUUUAUUUGGAGCUGAAACAUCUCAAGCUCAAAGAAAAUGGACAGAGGCAAUAGCCAAGCAUUUUGUUCCCUUAUUUGCUGAAAGCUUAACAGAGGCUGACUAUGAUUUGAUUGGUCAACUCUUCUACAAAGACUGUCAUGCCCUGGAUCAGUGGAGAAAAGGCUGGUUUGCUAUGGACAAAUCUAGUUUGCAUUUUUGCCUUCAAAUGCAAGAAGUUCAGGAAGGUAGAAUGCACUUAAGAAGACUGCAAGAGCUGACAAUCAGCACAAUGGUUCAAAAUGGGGAAAAACUGGAUGUCUUACUCUUGGUAGAAAAAGGGAGAACAUUAUACAUCCAUGGGCAUACCAAGUUGGAUUUCACAGUCUGGCAUACUGCAAUUGAAAAAGCAGCAGGUACAGAUGGUAAUGCUUUACAAGAUCAGCAGCUCAGCAAAAAUGACGUUCCCAUUAUAGUGAACAGCUGCAUAGCAUUUGUUACACAGUAUGGUUUAGGAUGCAAAUAUAUCUACCAAAAGAAUGGUGAUCCUUUGCACAUAAGUGAACUCCUGGAGAGUUUCAAGAAGGAUGCAAGAAGCUUUAAACUGAGGGCUGGGAAACAUCAGCUUGAAGAUGUGACGGGUGUGUUGAAAAGUUUUCUCUGUGACAUCGAUGACGCACUUCUUACCAAGGAGCUCUAUCCAUAUUGGAUCUCUGCUUUAGAUACACAAGAUGACAAAGAAAGAAUUAAAAAGUAUGGAGCAUUUAUACGUACUCUUCCAGGAGUCAACCGAGCAACUUUGGCAGCUAUAGUUGAACACCUUUAUAGGGUUCAGAAAUGUUCGGAAAUCAAUCACAUGAACGCCCAUAAUUUGGCCUUGGUCUUUUCAUCCUGUUUGUUUCAAACAAACGGACAAACUAGUGAAGAAGUGAAUGUAAUUGAGGACCUAAUUAAUAAUUAUGUAGAAAUAUUUGAGGUUAAAGAAGACCAAGUCAAACAAAUGGACAUAGAAAAUAGCUUUAUUACCAAGUGGAAAGACACUCAAGUUUCCCAGGCUGGAGAUUUGUUAAUCGAAGUAUAUGUAGAAAGAAAGGAACCUGACUGUAGUAUUAUAAUUCGGAUAUCUCCUGUGAUGGAAGCAGAAGAAUUAACUAAUGAUAUAUUAGCAAUAAAAAAUAUCAUUCCUACAAAAGGUGACAUUUGGGCCACAUUUGAAGUCAUUGAAAAUGAAGAACUAGAGCGACCUCUUCACUACACAGAGAAUGUGCUGGAGCAGGUGCUUCGGUGGGGCUCAUUAGCUGAACCUGGCUCCGCUUAUCUGGUGGUGAAGAGAUUCUUAACCACUGACACAAUUAAACACCACAGCGAGAGGAGUGCAAUGGAAAGUAUCAAAGAAGGAGUCUUGAAAAUCAAAGAAGAACCAUCUAAAAAACUGUCUGGAAAUAAGUUUCAAGAGCGGUAUUUUGUUUUACGAGAUGGAUAUCUCUUUCUUUACAAGGACAUGAAGAGUAGUAAGCAUGACAAAAUGUUUUCCCUCGGUUCAAUGAAGUUUUAUCUUGGCGUGAAGAAGAAAAUGAAGCCUCCAACAAGUUGGGGAUUGACUGCAUAUUCUGAAAAACAUCACUGGUACCUGUGUUGUGAUAGUUCACAAACUCAGAUGGAAUGGAUGGCCAGUGUCUUUAUUGCCCAGCAUGAAAAUGAUAUAUGGCCACCAGCUGGAAAGGAACGGAAACGUUCAAUAACCAAAAAUCCCAAAAUCGGAGGUUUGCCUCUAAUUCCCAUCCAGCAUGAGAAAAAUGCGUCCCAAGCCAGGAGAAAUAUCGAGAGUGCAAGAGCAGAACUUGAAAGGCUGCGGCUCAGUGAGAAGCAUGAGAGAGAGUCUGUGGACUCGAGCUUAAGGGAGAGGGCCUCCAUGGUGGCCCAGUGCCUGGAGCACAAGGACGACAGACUCCGGAGCCGAACCCGAAAACAUCGGAGUUUCAACUGCCUGGAGGACACAGAGGCUGAGGCCCCACUUGGACAACAAAAAGGCCAUAAAGGCCUAAAGACAUUGAGGAAGACUGAGGACAGGAAUGGCAGAGCUACUUUGGACUCUGAUCAUAAGUUACCGUCAAAGGUAAUUGAAGAACUUAGUGUGGUUCUGCAACGGUCAAGAACCCUUCAGAAAGAGUUGCAGGAUGAGCAGACUCUGCAGAAAGAAAUAAAAUGAAUUGGUCUCCCAAUUUUUAUUUUAAUAUUGUGUACAAUGUGUGUAAACCAGAAACCAAACUAUAAGAUAAUUCAUAAGAAUUUGUCUGUAGGCAAAUGUGUCUCUCUAUACUCAAGAAAUUUAUCUAUACUUACGCAUUUAAAGAGCAUUUUAAAAUAUGUAUAUAUGUGAUUAAGUGUAAGAUUAACUUUAUUUUGGUCUGAACAAAGCUUGUAAAGUUCAAUUGUAUUAACCUUGUGUAAGAAGGCGUUGUGUUACUUUAAAGUAACGCCCUUUUAAAGUAGUCUAUUACGUGGUGUAAUUUAUGAGCAGAAGUCUCAAACUGUACUGUAUUGUAUAAAAUGCUGUGUUUAAAUGAAGCCUAUGAAACUAUCUGUAACAUAGUUUGCACUUUGAAAAACCUUGUAUAUUAAAUUACCAUAUGUUUUUAGGUUUACAUGGGGUCUACCUAAGGGAAAAGUAAGGGAAGUAAAUUUAAAAGGAGGGAGGGUUUAUUUUAGUGGCUGCCUAACAGCAACAUUGGGGUUUUAAAAAGAGGCAAAACGUUAACAAAUGUCCUACAAAGCAAAGAAUUGAGCCAAGAUUCAUUCUAGUUCACUAAUGACCAGAACUUGUUAAUGAGAAACUGCUUGUUAAGAAAAAAAUCCAGUGUUUUCCCAAGAGUUACAUUCGGCCGACAGAUGUGAAUAAUGGCGCUGGCCGCUCUUAUUUAUGGUGUCAGAGAACCAGCCACAUUAUACGUUCACUACACUUGAGCUCUUUGUCAGUGGCUGCUAAGAGGAAACUUACACUGCAUUGCAGAGAUUGUAUACACAGGACCUGGCUUGGGUGCCAUUUGCACUGUUGCUGUAUGGAAGCAGAUUUUUGGAGUUCUGAACUAUUGGUACGAACAAAAUUCAUCAUCACAGGGUGUUGUUUCUGUUGUUUGGUUUUUUUAUUGUUUUAUGUUCAUGUCUUAUUAUUUUAAGUUAGGUUGUAAUGUCUUUCUCUGGAUUGCCAGAAUUAACUGGAAGUACAUAACAUAUGACCAUGUUGAGGUAUGGGGAUAGUUUACUACA